CCCGGGCACUGACAAUCCAUUCAAAUUCUUAUGGUUGCAACACAAAUUCGACAUUUUUGGCAAGAAACAGAAGGACAGAGUUGAACUUCUGAUAUGAUGUCUCUUUUCGUUAAGAGAUUUCAUUGCCUUCAACGAAAACUAUCACCUUCACCAGUUCUCACUCUCUUCAUUCUCAGGCCAUUCUGUUACCAGACUCGCCAUGAUAACUUUCCCUCUACUCUUUCUCCAUCAUCUUCAUCAAUGGGCCCGGCACUGCCGCAAUCUUUUGUCAAAACAAUCUGCUCAAUGGUCCUGGAAUCCUAUUACAAACAAACCCAUUUCUUAUCAUCCCCUCCCAAGCUCAAUCUUUACAUAGACACCGAUUCUUUGACCCACGAACAGGCCAUUACUGUGGUUGCUUCACUCGCUAAAGAAGCGGGUUCGAUGGUGGCACUCAGUUUCUUUUACUGGGCGAUCGGGUUUGCUAAGUUUCGUCAUUUUAUGAGGCUUUAUAUAGUUUGCGCCACGACGUUGAUUGAUAAUGGGAAAUUUGAGAGAGCCCAUGAGGUGAUGCAGUGUAUGGUGAGGAGUUUCGCUGAAAUUGGGAGACUGAAGGAGGCGUUUAGCAUGGUUAUUGAGGUUUCAAAUCAUGGGUUGCCGUUGGUUACCGGCACUUUUAAUUUUGUUAUGGGGAUUGCUUGUGAAAUGGGUUUGGUUGAGUUCGCGGAGAAAGUGUUUGAAGAAAUGUGUGAAAGAGGGGUUUGUCCUGAUUCUUGCAGUUAUAAAUUGAUGGUUAUUGCAUAUUGUAGAAUGGAUAGAGUUAGAGAGGCGGAUAGGUGGUUGAGUGCAAUGAUUGAGAGAGCACUUCUUGUUGAUAAUGCUACAUUAACAUUGAUUAUCAGUGCCUUCUGUGAGAAGGGUUUUGUGAGUAGAGCGUUUUGGUAUUUUGAUAAGAUGAUUGAGGCGGGUUUGAAACCAAAUUUGAUCAAUUUCACGGCUUUGAUUAAUGGGUUGUGUAAGAAGGGUAGCAUUAAGCAAGCGUUUGAAAUGUUGGAGGAAAUGGUUAGAAAAGGCUUGAAACCGAAUGUGUAUACUCAUACUAUACUGAUUGAUGGGCUAUGUAAGAAGGGGUGGAUCGAAAAGGCAUUCAGGCUGUUUCUUAAGCUUGUUCGAAGUGAUAAUUACAAGCCGAAUGUGCAUACGUAUACUGCUAUGAUCAGUGGAUACUGCAAAGAGGAGAAGAUGAAUCGUGCAGAGAUGUUGUUGGGCAGAAUGAAGGAACAAGGACUGGUUCCUAACACCAACACAUAUACUAGUCUUAUUGAUGGCCAUUGCAAAGCAGGGAGUUUUGAAAGAGCAUAUGAAUUGAUGGAUUUGAUGGGCAAAGAAGGCUUUACUCCUAAUAUCUAUACUUAUAAUGCAAUUAUUGACGGCCUUUGUAAAAGGGGAAGGGUUUCAGAAGCUUAUGAGUUUCUUAUAAAGGGGUUUGAACAGGGAUUGCAGGCUGAUAAAAUUACGUACACUAUUCUAUUAUCUGAGCACUGCAAGCGAGGUGAGAUUGAACAAGCCCUGGUGUUUUUCUGUAAGAUGGUUAAAGUGGCUCUGCAGCCUGAUAUACAUGCAUAUACUACAUUGAUUGCUGCAUUUUGUAGGCAAAAGAAAAUGAAAGAAAGUGAGAAACUUUUUGAGGAAGCCAUCAGGAUUAGGUUGUUUCCAACAAAGGAAACAUAUACUUCCAUGAUUUGUGGGUAUUGUAGGGAUGGAAAUGUCAGUAUGGCGGUAAAGCUUUUCCACAGGAUGGGUGAACAUGGUUGCGUACGAGAUAGUUUUACUUAUGGGGCUCUUAUAAGUGGGCUUUGUAAAGAAUCCAAGUUGGCUGAGGCUUGUGAGUUGUAUGAAACUAUGAUUGACAAGGGGAUUUCCCCCUGUGAAGUUACUCGGGUGACAUUGGCUUAUGAGUACUGCAAGAAAGAUGAUUCUGCCAUGGCAAUGGUUGUUUUGGAAAACCUAGACAAAAAGCUCUGGAUUCGAACAGUUAAUACCUUGGUCAGGAAACUUUGUAGUGAAAGUAAAGUAGGCAUAGCAGCAUUUUUCUUUCAUAAAUUACUAGAUAAGGACCAUAAUGUUGAUCGUGUGACUCUGGCAGCCUUCAUGACUGCAUGUUAUGAGAACAACAAGUAUGCUCUUGUCUCUGACUUUUCUGAAAGGAUUUCUAAAAGAAUUGGUUAGCAUCCUACUUGAACUGAUAUUGGGUGAAAUUGAUGUCCUUUGAAAAAUUGAGUCUUCAAAGAAAUUUUACAAUCUUCUGAUUCCUUUCCUUGAUAAUGGCACAAUUGAUCUCUUUAUCAUCUCCUCGUAUGAGUGGUACUUUACAGUGAUAUUUCAAAACUACAUUUAAACUGUGUUCAAGUCACAAUGAUGAACUGAACUGAAUGGCCUCAGUUGCUGUCAUCUCGGAGUUCUAUUGAUGGUUUUAGUUGGGACUUUCUUGGAUCUCCUCCGACAGAAGUCUGGU